CACAGGAAGAAAGUAAAACAAAGUAAACAAAGAAGAAAGUAUUCUUUAUUAUUUACUGUGUCCAUUAACAUCCUAUGAUGAUAUGCUUGCGAUAAUGAGUAACGCAUCGACGCACGCUCAUGACAACACCCAGCACCUGGGUGACGACCACAACGAUGCCGAGACAAAGGCAUCGAGCUUCGUGCCACAGCAGAAUGCUGGGCAGCCCAACGUGCCACUGAAUGCAGGAGAUAAUCAGAAUUUCGGGAAUCUGCCCGAGAAUGUCAUGCUUGCUUUCAUGACCCAGUUCCUACAGCAGAUGGCCAACGCGCCGAUGUUCCAACAGCCUCAGCCGCCACGACGGCACAUCACCUUCAAGACGCUGAAGGAUAACGGAGCGGAGGAGUUCCUUGGGGAUAGAGUGGCCGAACCUCAAGUGGCUCUUGAUUGGAUUGAACAGGUGACUAGGGUGCUCAAUGACCUGGAUGUACCGGUUGUAGAUCAUCCAAAGUUGGCAUCUCAGCUACUCCGCAAGGGAGCAUACGAGUGGUGGAAGCGCGUUGACAGUGAACCGCAGACGCCAAAGCCUUGGACAUGGUCAUAUUUUGACUGGGCUUUCAAGAAGGAGUACAUUCCAGCUCGAUUCCGAGAUGAGAAGCGGAUCGAAGAGUUCAGGAAGAGGUUGCGCCCCGGCGUGCGACCUUAUGCUUCUACCGUGGUCACCACUGACUUCUCAGAGGCGUAUGAUCUCAUAGCGAAGGCGGAAAAAGCCGUGGACGAUCUGAAGGCAAGCUUAGGUGCUGGAGGGACAGUCUCUAGCCAGCGACCCACUACCAGCGUGGCGCCGAGCGGGAAGAGAUCCUUUGGAGGUACUAAGGGUACCCAGAACCUCAAGAAGACCAAGUCCGCACCGGCUCGGUCACAGGCAGCGAGCAACCGAAGCAAACCUUCCAAACAUCCAGUGUGUAACCUUUGUGGAAGGAACCACCCUGGCGAAUGCUGGUUCGCGCAGGGCUUAUGUUUAGGAUGCGGGAAAGAAGGACACUUCCGCAAGGAUUGCCCAACUAACCCCGGGCACGCCUUUCCCGUAGCAGAAGUGCAGACACAGACGGCUGGUCAGAGGCCAGCACAGAGCCAGAGGUCUACCGCGGGUUCCAACCCGCCAAGAGGACAGAAUCAGAAUCAGAACUGCCAGCACGGACACAUGUAUGCGCGCACCUACGCCAUGCAGGGGCGUACCGAAGUGAACCGCGACGUCAUCUUGGGUAUGUUCUCACUAUUUGACACUCCUAUGCUUGCAUUAAUUGACCCAGGAUCUACGUUGUCUUACAUAUGUGUUCCUAUGCCUGAGAAAUCUGAUAUCCAGAGGGGUGAUCUGGAAUACCCUAUGGUAGUAUCUAACCCGUUAGGACAUAACAUGCAACUCCAUCAUCUGUACCGCAAUUGUCCGUUGACGGCCCACGGACACCAGUUGUCCGCGAAUUUGAUCGAGCUACCAUACAAGGAAUUUGAUAUUAUCCUUGGUAUGGAUUGGUUGACCGAGCGUCAAGCGAUAAUUGACUGUGGGUUGCGCACCGUACGGCUGAAGACUGACGAUGGUGACGUGGUAGAGGUUAAGGGAGAGUUGUUCCCUAAGCCUCCAGAAUUUAUGUCUUAUAUGCAGGCAAAGCGGCUGAUCCGGAAAAAGUGCGAAGCGUUCUUGUGCCACGUUCGCGAUACUGGGAAAGAGACCCCCAAGCAGAAGGAUAUCCCCACAGUGUGUGACUUCCCCGAUGUGUUUCCCGACGACCUCCCUGGCUUGCCACCGCCAAGGGAAGUGGAGUUCUCGAUUGAUCUGAAGAUUCACGAUGUAUUCCACGUGUCUAUGCUGAGGAGAUAUCGAUCCGACCCGUCACAUGUUCUACCUGAGGGAGCUGUCACCCUCGAUGAGAGUCUUACAUAUGAGGAAGAACCCGUACAGAUCUUGGCACGUGAAGUAAAGGAACUGAGGAACAAGACAGUUCCCUUGGUCAAGGUGCUUUGGCAAAACCAUGCGGUUGAAGAAGCAACCUGGGAGUCCGAGGAGUCCAUGAGAGCUCAGGUUCGACAAAUCGAAUCCAACGGUGAAAUCGGAUUUGGAUUUGGAGUCAGUGGGCCCGGAAAGUGCGUGUGGACCAGGACGAAAACGGAGCUGGUGCAGGUCUGGUGUUCGCUGCGACAGACGGUAGGGGGGGUAUCGUUGACACGGUACCUGGCUACCGCCAGCCGCCCUGGUUUCGUUCCUCUCUGUCGGCACCUACUUAGGACGGGACCCAGGUGCCGUGUGGACGGUAGGCUCUAUCGUCUGACCGGUGGAGGCUACCGUGAUGGGCUACCGGAGGGGACCCCAGCUGACACGGACGGUUCCCCCGUACCGUGGGGAUGGUACCCUGGUGCCGUGGGGCCGGUAACCCCUACCGCCAAGGGGUACCGUGAAGUACCUGAACCGGUCUGCGUUUUGUUGUUUGCGUCGAGGAUUGAUUCCGAGAUUUUGUGUGUUGCAUGACGGUAAACAUAGGUAGUGAUGCCCAGCGUUAGGCCGCUAAUUGAGUGUAUUGAAUGUGACGAAAUAUGUGUAGGAUGCAUGAACAUGCAUGUUAUAAACUAAUGGCGAUUAAAGUAUGAAAUACCUA